GGGUGUAACUGGUUGCGCUCUCUGUGUACUUCCGGCAGCCUCUAGACGGUUUCUUCUGCUUCCCGUACCACCCGGCUCAAGUAGCGGACACGGAACCGGGGACCAUCAGCCUGUCAGCCUCCGGGCCCUGCAGUCUCUAGCCAUGGACCGGGACCUUCUGCGGCAGUCGCUAAAUUGCCAUGGGUCUUCUUUGCUCUCUCUACUCCGGAGCGAACAGCAGGAUAAUCCACACUUCCGAAGCCUCCUGGGGUCGGCCGCCGAGCCAACCCGGGGCCCGCCGCCCCAGCAACCGUUGCAGGGCAGAAAAGAGAAGAGAGUUGACAACAUUGAGAUACAGAAAUUCAUCUCCAAAAAAGCAGAUCUGCUUUUUGCACUUUCCUGGAAAUCAGAUGCACCUGCAACUUCUGAAAUUAAUGAAGAUAGUGAAGAUCAUUAUGCAGUCAUGCCACCUUUAGAGCAAUUCAUGGAGAUACCUAGUAUGGAUCGAAGAGAGCUGUUUUUCCGAGAUAUUGAGCGUGGUGAUAUAGUGAUUGGAAGAAUUAGUUCUAUUCGGGAAUUCGGUUUUUUCAUGGUGUUGAUCUGUUUAGGAAGUGGUAUCAUGAGAGAUAUAGCCCACUUAGAAAUCACAGCUCUUUGUCCCUUAAGAGAUGUGCCGUCUCACAGUAACCAUGGGGAUCCUUUAUCAUAUUACCAAACUGGUGACAUCAUCCGAGCUGGAAUCAAGGAUAUUGACAGAUACCAUGAAAAGCUGGCAGUAUCUCUGUAUAGCUCUUCUCUUCCACCACACCUAUCUGGUAUUAAAUUAGGUGUAAUUAGCUCUGAAGAGCUUCCUUUGUACUACAGGAGAAGUGUUGAACUAAAUAGCAAUUCUUUGGAGUCCUAUGAAAAUAUCAUGCAGAGUUCCUUAGGAUUUGUUAAUCCAGGAGUAGUUGAAUUCCUUCUAGAAAAACUAGGAAUAGAUGAAUCUAAUCCACCAUCUUUAAUGAGAGGCCUACAAAGCAAAAAUUUCUCUGAAGAUGAUUUUGCUUCUGCAUUGAGAAAAAAACAAUCUGCGUCUUGGGCUUUAAAAUGUGUGAAGAUUGGAGUUGAUUAUUUUAAAGUUGGACGCCAUGUGGAUGCUAUGAAUGAAUACAAUAAAGCUUUGGAAAUAGACAAACAAAACGUGGAAGCUUUGGUAGCUCGUGGAGCACUAUAUGCGACAAAAGGAAGUUUGAACAAAGCAAUAGAAGAUUUUGAGCUUGCAUUAGAAAACUGUCCAACUCACAGAAAUGCAAGAAAAUACCUCUGCCAGACACUUGUAGAGAGAGGAGGACAGUUAGAAGAAGAAGAAAAGUUUUUAAAUGCUGAAAGUUACUAUAAGAAAGCUUUGGCUUUGGAUGAGACUUUUAAAGAUGCAGAGGAUGCUUUGCAGAAACUUCAUAAAUAUAUGCAGAAAUCUUUGGAAUUAAGAGAAAAACAAGCUGAAAAGGAAGAAAAGCAGAAAACAAAGAAAAUAGAAACAAGUGCAGAAAAGUUGCGUAAGCUCUUAAAAGAAGAGAAGAGGCUAAAGAAGAAAAGAAGAAAAUCAACUUCUUCCUCUUCAAGUGUUUCUUCUGCUGAUGAAUCAGUGUCUUCAUCAUCAUCCUCUUCCUCUUCUGGUCACAAAAGGCAUAAGAAACAUAAGAGGAACCGUUCAGAGUCUUCUCGCAGUUCCAGAAGGCAUUCAUCUAGGGCAUCCUCAAGUCAGAUAGAUCAGAAUAGGAAAGAUGAGUGCUACCCAGUUCCAGCUAAUACUUCAGCGUCUUUUCUUAACCAUAAACAAGAAGUGGAGAAACUACUGGGGAAGCAGGAUAGGUUACAGUAUGAAAAGACACAGAUAAAAGAGAAAGAUAGAUGCCCUCUCUCUUCAUCUUCACUUGAAAUACCGGAUGAUUUUGGAGGUAGGUCUGAAGAUCCAAGAGAUUUUUAUAAUAGCUAUAGAACCCAAGCAGGUAGUAGCAAAACAGAAAAGCCAUAUAAAUCAGAAAGACAUUUUUCCAGUAGAAGAAAUUCCUCAGAUUCCUUCUGUAGGAAUUCAGAGGACAAGAUUUAUGGUUAUAGGAGAUUUGAAAAGGAUAUAGAGGGAAGAAAAGAGCACUAUAGAAGGUGGGAACCAGGUUCUGUGAGGCAUUCUACCUCGCCAGCAAGCUCAGACUACUCGUGGAAGUCAGUUGAGAAAUACAAAAAAUAUACUCACUCUGGAUCACGUGAUUUCAGUAGACAUGAGCAAAGAUACCGAUUAAAUACAAAUCAAGGAGAAUAUGAAAGAGAGGACAAUUAUGGGGAGGAUAUCAAAACAGAGGUUCCAGAAGAAGAUGCACUAAGUAGCAAAGAACACUCAGAAAGCAGUGUUAAAAAAAAUUUACCUCAGAAUUUACUGAAUAUAUUUAAUCAGAUAGCUGAAUUUGAAAAAGAAAAAGGAAAUAAGUCAAAAAAUUAAUACACCAAGGAUAUCAGCACCAUUACACAAAAUGCCAUUAAGUUUCUGGGUGUUUUAGUCAUAACAGUUCAGUGCAGAAAUCUCUGCUCCUAAAAUUAUUUGUAGAGAUUACAGGAAACAAAUGCUUUUAAGCUUUUCUCAAAUUUGGUUUCAGUUGUAGGUCCCUUGUCACAGCCUGGUUUUUAGAGUUUUUAUGUAUAUGUUUAUGUACAGUAUAUUACUCUGACAAUUUGAAUUUCUUCACUUAAAGAUAAUUCUCUGAAAGUACUGUUUCUUCAUUCGAUUACGGUAUAUGAGAAUUCCUGGGUCCAUCUUAUCCUGCUGUUUGAGAGAAAAAUUUGUGCAUUGAACACUUGGAUCAUUUUUAUAAAAAUUGAUUUUUCUGUUAAAUUAAAAAUCGUCAGCUUUUGAAAGAUUAUAUGUUCGAAUGUUUCUUGAACACUUUUAUAUUUAUCAGUUUAAAUAUUUUUUGCCCAAUUUUUUUUUAAUUUUUAAAUGGUAGAUUAUAUGUCUUAAUUUUCCUCUAAAGCCUGAUUUGAUUAAAAGUGGUUUGUGAAGAGUCA